CCAGGGGUACUUGAGCCAUUCCCAGACAAGAAGACCCUAUUUCUCUGUGGAAAGUGGUUAGCCAUCCAGAGGGAGGUGGUGCUCCUGGAAGUCCUGAGCUGGGGUCAGCUGGAAGAUGACCGAAUACAAGCUGGUGGUGGUGGGAGCAGGUGGUGUUGGGAAGAGUGCUUUGACGAUACAGCUCAUUCAGAACCAUUUCGUUGAUGAGUAUGACCCCACAAUAGAGGAUUCCUACAGAAAGCAAGUAGUCAUCGAUGGAGAGACCUGCUUGUUAGAUAUCUUGGACACUGCAGGGCAAGAGGAGUACAGUGCCAUGAGAGACCAGUACAUGAGAACGGGGGAAGGAUUCCUCUGUGUCUUCGCCAUCAACAACACCAAGUCCUUUGAAGAUAUUCACCAGUACAGGGAGCAGAUCAAGAGGGUGAAAGACUCAGAUGAUGUUCCCAUGGUGCUGGUAGGAAAUAAAUGUGACCUCCCGGCCCGGACAGUGGAGACGCGGCAAGCGCAGGACCUGGCCCGGAGUUACGGGAUCCCCUACAUAGAAACGUCUGCCAAAACCAGACAGGGCGUUGAAGAUGCCUUCUACACCUUGGUGCGGGAGAUCCGUCAGCACAAGCUGCGCAAGCUGAACCCGCCGGAUGAGAGCGGCCCCGGCUGCAUGAACUGUAAAUGUGUGAUCUCGUGACAUGCUGACUGGACUGUGUCUUGGAGAGGUUCCCACUGUGCAGUGCGCAAGGAAAGAGGUGAAGCGAAGGAAGAAGCAAACAGAUUCAGAGGAGGAGUAGAGAGGGAGGGGGAGAGGAGGAGGAGGAAGAGGACAGGGGGAGCAUGAGCCCCUCCAAGGACUAUCUCGCACUUCACCCAAGCCUGCGGCAAGCAAUUUUGUUUCUUUUUUUUAUCCCCAUCCCCUCGUCCUUUGGCCUCCUCCCACCCCGGCAACUGUACAAAGCCACAGAUUGAAUCACAGUAAAUUAUUAUUUGAUGGUCUCAACAAA